AGCAGCCACAUCUGAAGUCUGCAGAGAAAGCCACGCGCACUCCUCCCAAAGAUGCCUCAGUCCAGCAGCUCCACGUCCUCCGCGAAGAGCGUCCGCAGAGCAGAGUCCGAGCUGGAGAGGUCCGACUCCGUCACGUCCGUGAAGUUCCUCGGCAGACGAAGGAGUCUGAUCGACGACGCGCGCAAGGAGCGGGAAGCAGCGGCGGCGGCGGCGGAGGCUGCGGAGGCCGCCGAGCACAUCGUGUUCGAGGAGGAAGACGGCAAAGCGCUGCUGAACAUCUUCUUCACCCUGAGGAGCUCCAAGACGUCUGCGGUGUCGCGGACUCUGAAGGUUUUUGAGACCUUUGAGGCCGUCAUCCGACACCUGGAGACGCGGCCGUGCCUGAAGCGGAAGGACAGCCUGGAGGGUCUGGAGUACCUGGUUCGCUGUGAAGUUCACCUGUCUGACGUCAGCACCCUGGUCAGCUCCCUGAAGAGGAACGCAGAAGAUGUCAAGACCACCAAAGAAGUCAAAUUUCACUGGUUUCCAAAGAAAAUUGCAGAUUUAGACAAAUGUCACCACCUGGUCACCAAGUUUGAUCCAGACUUAGAUCAAGACCAUCCAGGCUUCACGGACCCGGUCUACCGACAGAGGAGGCAGAUGAUCGGGAACAUUGCUUUCUCCUAUAAGCACGGGCAGCCCAUCCCCAGAGUGGAAUACACCGAGGAGGAGAUCGGCACUUGGCGGCAGGUCUACUCCACCCUGAGGGAGCUGUACAACAGCCACGCCUGCAGCGAGCACCUGGACGCCUUCCGUCUGCUGGAGAAGCACUGUGGGUACAGUCCAGACAACAUUCCCCAGCUGGAGGAUGUGUCCCGCUUCCUCAAAGAGCGCACCGGCUUCCAGCUGCGUCCCGUCGCAGGUCUGCUCUCAGCCAGGGACUUUCUGGCCAGCCUGGCGUUCCGCGUGUUCCAGUGUACCCAGUACAUCCGGCACGCCUCCUCCCCCAUGCACUCCCCAGAACCGGACUGCGUGCACGAACUUCUGGGGCACGUCCCCAUGUUGGCUGACCGCACCUUCGCUCAGUUUUCACAGAACUUGGGUCUGGCGUCACUGGGGGCUUCAGAUGAGGACAUCGAGAAGUUGUCCACGCUGUACUGGUUCACCGUGGAGUACGGUUUGUGCAAACAAAACGGCGAGGUGAAGGCUUACGGCGCCGGACUGCUCUCCUCCUACGGAGAGCUGGUGCACUCUCUGUCUGAUGAACCAGAGACCCGAGAGUUUGAUCCCGAGGCUGCCGCUCUGCAGCCCUACCAGGACCAGAACUACCAGCCCGUCUACUUUGUUUCAGAGAGUUUUUCAGACGCCAAAGAGAAAUUCAGGAAGUACGUGGCUGGAAUCAAGCGUCCGUUCUCCGUGCGCUUCGAUCCGUUCACCCACAACAUCGAGGUUCUGGACAACCCCCUGAAGGUCCAGGGAGGCCUGGAGAGCGUGAAGGACGAGCUGAAGGUUCUGGCCGACGCCCUCAGCGUUCUGUCAUGAUGGAUCCAGUCGGGCGGCGCCCCUCCCUCAUCAUCCGCCCUGCGACAAACACCAGACACCGCCGCCUGCUGUGCCCUGAUUGGCCGAUGAGGUCCCAUCCUUUGACCCUGAAGUUGAAGCUCCAUAGAUUGGGGGGGGGGGCAUCUUUGACAGCUGUUUCAAAAUAAAAUGGGACUGUGAUUGUGAAUGUGCAAAAAAUGUCAACAAGCAAGGUGGGAAUAUUUUCAAAAUAAAAGAAUCUUAUUGAUCUCAAUAAAAGUUUAUAUUUCAAAGUCUUAAUUUAAGUCAAACCUGUAAAGUCCGUUUAUGAUUGUUUGUGUGAGAUUCAGUUAAUCCGGUUUGACUGGUCCUGUUUGAUGUUUGCCCUUCACAGUGAAACCAUCAAACUUAUGUGUCAAAUUCAGUCUUUAUCGGAAAAAACGACAAAUAAAAAGAAGCACAGAGGAACAU